AAGCGUGCAGAAGUACGUUGCGGAAAUUUUGUUUAUUAAAUAUUAAAAGAAAAACAACCAAAAAUGGAUGAUGGCGACUAUGAUAACGAUGAUGUGGGCGCUGAUGAUUUCGAUGAUGUGGACCAGGACGUGGAUGUGGAUGAUGACAUUGCACAAGAAGAAGAAGUAGACAACAUUGAAAUAAUAGCCACCGGUACCGCUGGAGGCGGUGGUGUGCCCAAGUCUAAGCGCAUUACAACCAAGUAUAUGACAAAAUACGAGCGAGCGCGAGUACUGGGCACACGUGCUCUGCAGAUUGCUAUGUGUGCGCCGAUUAUGGUCGAGCUGGAUGGUGAAACGGAUCCACUGCAGAUAGCAAUGAAGGAGCUCAAGCAAAAGAAAAUUCCUAUUAUAAUCCGCCGAUAUCUGCCCGACCACUCAUACGAGGACUGGAGCAUAGACGAGCUCAUUAUGGUGGACAACUAGCUGGGGAUAGAUAUUAAGACAGAAGCCUGCAUCUGGAUAGCUAUUAGAGAUUUAUUACUAUAACGAAUAUACAUACAAUUAAAAACAAGUUGCCUAGAAA